UGGGAACAGGAGUAUAGGAUAGGAGUCGAUUUUUGGUUAGAUUGUUUCUGCGUUUUUAAGGUUUCUGAUUUUUUUUUGAUGGCUUCUUCCGAGGGUUUUUUUUAUAUUUUUGGAGCUUCCAGAUUCUUUUGGUUUUUUCUAAUUUUCAUUUCUGCUUUUUCCUUUUCAUGUACACAGACUAAUUCCCAAUAUAUUCAGAGUCAGGAUCUUUUUCAAAUCGUUACUGUAAACUUAAAAAUACAUACUUGUGGCACAAUUUUAUUUGAUUUUAAUUUAUAA